GAACGUUACUGCCGGUGCACCGUCCUUCACGACAAGGUACCGGCUUCUUGUUGAGAUCCUGUAUGAAAUGAGCAGACUGAGGGUGAAGCCAUCCUGAGGUCCAGUCUCUGGAGGGUAUGAACAACUGAGUCUCAAACAUGUUGCCUGGACUUGUUGCUGUUGCCCGUCGCUCUCUGAAGGGGACUGUGCCUCACUGGACAGCCACACUUCACAGAACGUGUUUUCCAUCAAAGGCCCAGCAAUGGCUUCUGGUUCACAAGGGCGCUCACAGUUGGACCUCCGCCCCGUCAUCGAGGAUGAACCAGAAGCCAGUGUUUGUCAGAGCUCCAGCAUUUGGAGAUAAGCUCGCUGUUAUAGACAGCAGUGGCAGCCACAGCUACAAGCAGCUAUACUGCAGCAGCUUAGAUCUUGCAGGUAGAAUCAGCAGCGCUCUCAACUGUGACUUUGCAGGUCUGGAAGGAAAACGAAUCUCCUUCCUGUGUGCUAAUGACGCUUCAUACACAGUGGCACAGUGGGCAGCCUGGAUGAGUGGAGGGACGGCAGUACCACUUUAUCGGAAACAUCCUCAGUCGGAAUUGGAGUAUGUGAUCUCUGACUCCCAGAGUUCACUGCUGGUGGCGGGGCAUCCCUUUGCUGAGAUCCUCGAGCCACUGGCCCUGAAGCUGGGGCUGCCGUGCCUGACACUGCCUCCUACGUCUGACCUGGGCACUUUAGGUGUGGAAGACACAGAGGAGAAGGAGACGUCCAUCACUGACUGGGCUGACCGACCAGCUAUGAUCAUCUACACCAGCGGAACCACAGGGAGACCCAAGGGGGUUCUACAUACGCACAGCUCCAUCCAAGCCAUGGUACAGUGUCUGGUUUCAGAGUGGGCGUGGACCAGAGAUGAUGUCAUCCUCCACACCUUGCCGCUCCACCACGUGCAUGGCAUCGUUAACAAGCUGCUGUGCCCGCUCUGGGUGGGCGCCACCUGCAUCAUGAUGCCUGAAUUCCAGCCUCAGAAGGUGUGGGAGAUGCUGUUGAGCUCUAAGGCUCCCAUGGUUAAUGUGUUCAUGGCCGUGCCAACUAUCUACUCUAAGCUGAUCCAGUACUAUGAUCAGCACUUCACGCAGCCUCAUGUCAAGGACUUUGUCAAAGCUGUGUGCAAAGAAAGAAUCAGGUUAAUGGUUUCGGGCUCGGCUGCUCUUCCUCUUCCCACUCUGCAGCGCUGGGAAGAAAUUACAGGACACACACUGCUGGAACGCUACGGCAUGACUGAGAUUGGCAUGGCACUGUCCAACUCUCUCAAAGGCCCACGCAUCCCAGGGGCUGUGGGGUCACCGCUCCCAGGUGUGGAGGUUCGGAUUGUCAUGAAUAAUGCAAGCAACACCACGAUUGCGGAGGGCAGCCACAGAGAGACUCGGGUACGUGCGGGUCUGGAGGGGAAAGAGGGCGAUCUCCUGGUUCGAGGUCCGUCUGUCUUUCAGGAAUACUGGAACAAGCCUGAGGAGACCAGAGAGUCUUUCACUGAUGGCGACUGGUUCAAAACAGGAGACACAGCUGUCUAUAGAGAUGGUGCGUAUUGGAUCAUUGGCCGUACCAGUGUCGACAUCAUCAAGAGCGGCGGCUACAAGAUCAGUGCUCUCGAGGUAGAGCGGCACCUACUGGCUCAUCCAGCCAUCACAGACGUGGCCGUCGUCGGGGCCCCAGAUGCCGUUUGGGGUCAGAAGGUCACGGCGGUGGUGCAGCUGAAGAAGGGCCAGAGUAUGACCCUGCCGGAGCUGAAGACCUGGGCGAGGGAACACAUGGCUGCCUACACCAUCCCCACAGGCCUGGUGCUGGUGGAGGAGCUGCCCAGGAAUCAGAUGGGCAAGGUCAACAAGAAGGACCUCCUCCGACACUUCUUCCAUUGACCGAGUCACCUCGAUGUGUACGACAACAAACAGGUUCCUGGUCUCUUCCUGGCUGAUCUCAUCUGGUUCUUAGAUUCAAAUAUCACAGACAAGUGCAGGCAACACAAAAUAAUGGAUAAACAUUGGGUAAUUCUAAUGUCUUUAAUGCCAGUUGUCCUGAGAUCCCUUUAUGUCAAAUAAUCCAUUUGAUAUGUAUUUUUUUGACAAUUUUAAACAGAUCGUAAUCCUAAGGGGAAAAUCUUCUGAUGUUGCAUCAAAAAUAGAUUCAAAAUUCAAACUAACCAACAUGGAUGUGUCAGACGCAACCUAAUAUGACCCACUUUUGUAGGGUUCACAUUUGAAGCAGUGUCAAAGUUUCAUGCCACAAAACUGUCUUAUGUAGUGGUUCAUACUGGAAACAGAAAUUUAUACUCUAGACAGACAUAAUACAUAUAAAAGACACCUGAUGUAAAAGAGUAUGUACAACUAUUGUCGAACAAAUGAAAUGGAGGCAAUGCACACAUCUAUGCAGCCACAUUUAAAUUACCUAGAUCCAUUUUUUUUAUUUGGAUCUGCACAAAAUUGCCAAAACUCAUAAAUAUUAACCUCCCAACAUCAUUGAAGAAAAUGAAAAAAAGAACUGCAUCCACCCGCUGAUCAGCACCAACUUGUAAUGGGUUUCUCCUUGACCCAUUCCAAGCCUUCCACCAAGAUAUAUGGAAAUCCAUUUAGUAGUUUUUGCGUAAUCCUGCUUGAUAACAGACAAAUCCAUGCAGACGUAAACAUAACCCGUUGGUAGAGGUUAAUUGUAAUUACUUUAAACUGAGACAGCUCUUGAAUCAGCUAAUCUUUUCCCUUUUUUAAUGAAAUUAAUUUGAUUAGAUUGUUCUGUUUACGGUGUGUGUACUGUACAGAAGUGGGACAAACUAUUUGAUACACUUUACUAAGAGUCCCCCAGCCGAUCCACGGCUCCAUCUAAUGAGACAUGAACAGCUAGUGUGUUGUCUGCUGUGACUCCUGAUCAAUAAAUCCACAAACCCUGUGCAGGAUGUCCAACUUUUCCAAGAAAAGAGUUGAACACAGCGGUUCCUCUAAGUAAAGAGUGCUUAGGGAUCUGUUAUUUGUAAGUUCAGAUGUUUUAUUGGUGCGAUCACAUCAUUUUGUUGGUAGAAGUGGGUGAUUACCCCGGAACGAGUGGGUUAGAAAAGGAGACAUUGAAAUGAAUCAGCGGGAAACAUGGUUAAGAUUCAUUUCUUCGCACACACACACACUGCUGCACUUGACAUGUUUAUCUGAAAAUUAAAAAAGUUUAUAUAAAAUAGAAA